CCAACACCUCUUUCCUUUGUAAUCAACAAUCUUAAUUUAGUACUUGGACAAAGGAACACUAAAAUCAUCGAAAACAUCGUGUGACGUAGGAGCGUGAAGAAUGGAGCAGACACAGAGAGGCAAAGGACACACGUUGGUGCUGAUGCCAUCACCAUUACAAGGCCACAUAACCCCAUUACUCCACCUUGCUGACAUCCUCUACUCAAAGGGUUUCUCCAUCACCGUUGUCCACACCAUCUUUAACUCUCCUGACCCUUCUUCUUACCCUCACUUUACUUUCCAUCCCAUCGCCGAUUCCUUGUCACAAACCGAAACUUCAAAGUUUGACGCCGUACACCUCACUGAUCUCAUUAACAUCAGAUGCCAACAACCUUUGAAGGAAUGGCUGGCUACGUUGUUGUCUCAAUCUCGUGUUGCUUGCUUCAUAUCCGAUGCUGCCCUUCAUUUCACUCAAGCUGUUUGCGAUCACUUUCAGCUUCCACGCCUUAUUCUCAGAACUGGUGGAGCUUCUUCCUUCCUUGUUUUUGCCUCCUUUCCACUCCUUAAGGAGAAAGGUUACCUCCCCGUUCAAGAAUCUCGAUUGGAAGAGCCUGUGGUGGAUCUUCCACCUCUCAAAGUGAAAGACCUUCCUGUGUUUAAAAGUAGUACUCAAGAUCCUGACGCAUUCUAUAGACUAGUUUGUCGCUUUAUUGAGGAAUUCAAGGCAUCUUCAGGGGUAAUUUGGAACACCUUUGAAGAGUUGGAAUCAUCUGCACUGGUAAAAGUGCGCCAAGAAUUUUCCAUACCAAUGUACCCAAUAGGCCCUUUUCACAAACAUUUCCUUACAGGCUCAGCUUCUUCUACAAGCAUAUUGACCCCAGACACAAGCUGCAUGUCUUGGUUAGAUACACAGGAACAUAACAGUGUUGUUUAUGUCAGUUUUGGGAGUAUUGCAGCAAUUAGUGAGGCUGAGUUCUUGGAGGUAGCUUGGGGGUUAGCCAACAGCAAACAACCAUUCUUGUGGGUGAUUCGACCUGGGUUAGUCCGUGGUUUCGAAUGGCUUGAACCAUUGCCAACUGGGUUCCUAGAGAAUUUGGGAGGAAGAGGCUACAUUGUCAAAUGGGCUCCUCAAGGACAAGUGCUGAGCCAUCCUGCAGUGGGAGCAUUUUGGACUCAUAAUGGUUGGAACUCAACUUUGGAGAGCAUAUGUGAAGGGGUUCCAAUGAUUUGUAUGCCAUGUUUUGCAGACCAAAAGGUUAAUGCCAAAUAUGCAAGUGAUGUUUGGAAGGUUGGGGUGCAAUUACAGAAUAAUUUAGAGAGGGGAGAGAUAGAGAAGACAAUUAAAAAUCUAAUGGUUAUGGAUGAAAUGAACGAGAUUAGAGAGAAUACCUUAAACUUGAAGGAAAAGGCAAGGGCUUGUUUGAAAGAAGGAGGUUCAUCUUACUGUUUCCUUGAUAGCUUGGUUAGUGACAUAUUGUCCCUGGAAUCUUCAAAAAGUUGAGCUC